UGUAAUUUGCUUGGCGAUUGCGCAUUAGGUCCUCUUGAAUACUUUGUCGUUUGGUUGCGAUCGGUGUUGGACUUGUAAAAUGUGCAAGUGCUAGUUUUCUAUGUUAGUUUUUGAUCAGAUUUUCGACGGUAUGGAAGAUAAAAGCUCUGAUCGUGAUCAAGCUCUUGGCCCGUCUGGUGACGGCGAUUCUGUGGCACCAUUGAACGGAGUAAACGGCUAUUCUGAUAAGUACAAAUCCGAUCAAAAAGAUAAGCACAGAGAUAAAGACCGGGACAAACAUAGAGAUAAAGAUAAACAUCGGAGCAAAGAUCACAAGUCAUCCAGUAAAGAGAAAGAUCGAGACAAAGACAAGCAUUCCAACUCGAAAGACAAAGAGCGGCACAGUAGUUCGCAUAAAUCGUCCAGCAAAGACAAAGAUCGCGAUAAGGACAAGCAUCGUGACAAGGACAAGCAAAAAGACGAUAAAGAGAAGAAAUCAUCUAGUUCCAGCAACAAGGAGAAGGACAGAGAACACAAGAGUUCUAAGGAUAGAGACCAUAAAUCGAGUUCGUCUUCGACUAAAGACAAAGAUAAAGAUAAGGAGAGGUCUAAAGAUAAGGAUCGGAAGGAUCGAGAUAAAGAUAAAUCAAAGGAUAAAGACAAAGAUAGAAAACAUACCUCAAGCAGUGGCUCGAAAGAUAAACACAGAGAUAAAGAUCGACAUCAUUCCAAAGAUAAAGAUAGGAAAGAUAAGCACAAAGAAAAGGAGCGCAAGGAUAAGAAAGAUUCAGAUGAUGAAUUCAAACCUAAGGUUAAAGAAGAUAUCUACGAAAAUCAAGUGAAGCAAGAAGAAUCGCUUAACACGGAUGACGAUGAUGACAACAAAUUGGUCAUAAAGGAUGAACCUUAUAGUCAGGAUGAAAGUGAUGUCCCUAACAAUAUGUCUCAGGGUUCUAGUUGUGACUACAAUAUAUCCCAGUUUGAUACAAACGAGUCAAGAUUUGAUUACUCUGAUGAAGGAGAAAGGGGCGAGUCGGAAUCGCAAAUAAAUGAAUCUCAACGUGAAGGUCCGAUGAUAAAAGAAGAGCAGGAGGAUAGUGAGGAAGACAUUCCAUUGGCGAGUAGGAUGAGUAAUAACAAGCGAAAAAUCGAAGAUGAUGAAGAAGAUGACGACGACGAUGUGCCUCUAAUGGCAAGGAAAAAGAUUAAAAAGGAGGAAAAGAAAAAGAAAAAACGCGUAGUGUCUGACAUAGAAGAGCCCGAGGAAGACUAUAAGCCUCAAAAGAAGAAAAAGAUUAAAAAGGAAAAAGAGAAAAAAAUAAAACAGGAAAUCAAGCAAGAAGAAAGCCCUAAAAAGGGUGGCAGAAAAAAGAAAGAGGAAGAACCAGCGGAGGUUUGGAAAUGGUGGGAAGAGGAAAAGAAAGAAGAUGGAGUUAAAUGGAAUUAUCUUGAACAUAAAGGCCCCGUUUUCGCUCCGCCUUAUGAGCCACUGCCUAAAGAUGUGAAAUUUUUCUAUAAUGGUCAAGAAAUGAAACUUAGUGAAGAUGCUGAAGAGAUUGCUGGAUUUUAUGCCAAGAUGUUGGAUCACGAUUAUACAACAAAGGAAAUUUUUAAUAAAAAUUUCUUCAAGGACUGGAGAGCCUCUAUGACUGAUGAAGAAAGAAAAGUUAUAACUGAUCUUUCGAAGUGUAAUUUCAAGCAGUUACAUGCGUAUUUUAUGGAUCUCGCUGAGAAAAAUAGGAACAGAACAAAGGAAGAAAAAUUAGCGUUAAAAGAAAAGAACGAGGCGUUAUUAAAAGAAUUUGGUUUUUGUACCAUUGAUGGACACAAGGAAAAAAUUGGCAACUUCAAAAUUGAACCACCAGGACUUUUUAGGGGUCGAGGUGAACAUCCAAAAAUGGGAAAACUCAAGAGGCGUGUUGAAGCUGAAGAUGUAAUAAUUAACUGUAGCAAAGAGUCAACUAUACCGGUGGCACCGCCCGGUCAUAAGUGGAAAGAAGUCCGUCAUGAUGACAAAGUAACAUGGCUGGCAUCCUGGACGGAGAACGUACAAAACCAAGUUAAAUACAUAAUGUUAAAUCCAAGCUCAAAAUUGAAAGGAGAAAAAGACUGGCAAAAGUAUGAAACGGCCAGAAAAUUACAUCAAAAAGUUAACAAAAUCAGAGAAAACUAUCAAAUUGACUUAAAAUCCAAGGAAAUGAAAAUUAGGCAACGAGCUGUGGCUUUGUAUUUUAUAGAUAAAUUGGCCCUCAGGGCAGGUAAUGAAAAGGAUGAAGACCAGGCAGAUACUGUCGGUUGUUGUUCAUUGCGUUGUGAACAUAUUGAGCUCCACGAGGAAAAAGAUGGCAAAGAUUACGUAGUCGUAUUCGAUUUCCUUGGAAAGGAUUCUAUUCGGUACUAUAAUGAGGUGCCGGUAGAAAAAAGGGUGUUUAAAAAUUUACAACUGUUUAUGGAGAACAAGAAAAAAGGAGAUGAUCUUUUUGAUAGGCUGAAUACUCAAAUCAUGAACAAACAUCUAAAUGAUUUGAUGGAAGGACUGACAGCCAAAGUUUUCCGUACGUAUAACGCCUCAUGGACUCUGCAGCAACAACUCGACGAACUAACGAAUGAAGAUGACUCGAUUGCCGAAAAGAUUUUAUCUUACAAUAGAGCGAACAGGGCCGUAGCUGUAUUAUGUAACCAUCAAAGGGCGGUACCAAAAGGACACCAAAAAUCGAUGGAGAAACUUAAAGAGAAAAUCGAUGCAAAGCGUGAUCAAAUUAAGGAUGCUGAGCGACAAGUGAAAGAUGCACAGAGAGAAGCUAAACAUGGAAGCGUUAAAGAAAAAAUGGUUCACGAUAAGAAAAAGAAAACGCUAGAACGGUUGAAGGAUCAAUUAGCCAAACUAGAAAUUCAGGAAACUGAUCGAGACGAGAAUAAAACAAUUGCUUUGGGUACUUCAAAACUGAACUAUCUGGACCCUAGAAUUUCAGUUGCAUGGUGUAAGAAAUACUCGGUUCCAAUUGAGAAAAUUUAUAAUAAAACUCAGCGAGACAAAUUCCGAUGGGCCAUUGAUAUGGCUGGGCCCGACUAUAGAUUUGAUAAAAUAAAAUAAUUGAAGAUUCAUCAAGCAGUGUAGCCGUAUAAUUUAUUAGGCAAAAAUCUUGAUCUGCAAAGUCGGAGUUCGAAGUAAAUGGCUCCUGUUGAUAGUGAUGUACAAUUUAUGCGUAGUGCAAUUUUCACCAUAGUUGUGUUUUUGUGAGGGUUUUAAAUAUUUUCAGUCCAUAAAAAAUUUAUUCAUUUUGAGCCAUUGGGCAUUUGAGCUGGAGGUAGUUAGCUGAAAUUACUGUAUUUUCUGACAGUGGCGCAGAAAAUAAAACUUAGACCUGUUUUUAAAUAAAUUCGACAUGAUUUUAUUGAUAUCGCCAGAGGUGAGUUUUAAGCAAUUAGGGAAUUUAAAUUUUGAACGAGUUGCUCCAGAAUUUAAAAUUCCAAUUAAAUUUAUUUAAAAUGUACUUGCUAUAUAGAACCAAUUGAUUAUUUUGUAAGUAUAAAUUAUUUGCGUAGUGUGAUUUAAAUUUUUAUACUAUUGCGACUGUAUAUCUAGAAUGUAAGUGAAUGUCGACUACUUUCUUUUGUACAAACGUAAAUUAAUAAACUCCUAGAUUUUUCUAUGGAAUAGUUUAAAUAUUAGUUUUAUCUGAAAAAUUAGUAUUUUGAUUUUUUUUGUUUCCAAAUUAUUUUAACGGUUUUGAUAUGUAAAUUGUAUUAACCUGCCCUGCCUACGUAAUAGUAUGAAUCCUCCAAGACAUUUAUUGGUUUUUAUCUCUUAAAACUUUCGAUUUUGAAUGUGAAUUGAGUGAUUAAUGUAGCUGUACAUUACAAAAUUGUCAAUAAAUCAACUUCGAAUUA